GUCACCUGGGAGUGUUGGAAUAAAUUUACAGAAGAAUGGCAGCUUCUGUCCACCUUCAUUUGGUCAUCCCUCUCUUCAAUACAAUGAGAAAGGUAUGAAGAAAUUAGCAAGAGGAUCAGAGAACCUGACAGCAGCCUUUUUGCAGUGCAGUUCUCUCCCUGCUGCUGGAGUAACACAGACAGAAGCCAUCAAAACUGAUCAACAACAAGUGGAAUGUGGCAAACAAUUCACACAAAAAAGUGAUCUUAAUGAGCAUAUGAAGAUUCACAAUGGAGAAAAAACAUAUUGUUGUCAUGAAUGUGGUACGUCGUUCUCUAGGAGAAGCAAUCUUCAGCGUCAUAGAAGAAUCCACACAGGUGAAAAACCUCAUUGCUGUUCAGAGUGUGGUAAAUCGUUCUCACGUAUAAGCAAUCUUCAGACGCACAGAAGAAUCCACACAGGAGAAAAACCUCAUUGCUGUCCAGAAUGUGGUAUGUCGUUCUCAAUGAGAAGCCAUCUUCAAACACACAGAAGAAUCCACACAGGUGAAAAACCUCAUUGCUGUUCAGAAUGUGGUAAGCGGUUCUCUAGGAGAAGCGACCUUCAGCAUCAUAUAAGAAUCCACACAGGAGAAAAAACUAAUUGCUGUCCAGAUUGUGGUAAGUCAUUCUCACGUAUAAGCAAUCUUCAGACGCACAGACUAAUCCACACAGGAGAAAAACCUCAUUGCUGUCCAGAAUGUGGUAAGUCAUUCUCACAUCUAUGCAAUCUUCAAACGCACAGAAGAAUCCACACAGGAGAAAAACCUCAUUGCUGUCCAGAAUGUGGUAAGUCAUUCUCAAGGAGAAGCCAUCUUCAGAGGCACAGAAGAAGCCACACAGGAGAAAAACCUUAUUGUUGUCCAUAAUGUGGCAAACAAUAUUCUGACAAACUCAGUUUUCAAAAGCACACAGAAAUUGAUACUGGAGAGAAGUCAUAUUGCUGUUCUCAAUGUGUAAAAAGGUUUUUCAACAGUAGGUGUUUUCGAGUACAAACUCACACUGAAGAGAAAAUGAAGUAUGUCUGUUCUAAAAAGUGGCAAAUGUUGUGCAAGCAAGAACAGUCUUCAUAGAUACGCCAAAUUCCAUACUGGAGAAAAAAAAUUUUGGUGUUUUGAAUGGGUGAAACGAUUCUUAGACUUGAGCGUACUUCAGUACCACAUCUGAACUCACACCUGCGACAAACCUUUAUUGUUGUCCUGAAUGUGAUAAGCAGUUCUCCUAACAAAGCACUCUACAGAGUCACAUCAGACUUCACACCUGAGAGAGACCCCACCAUUAACUGGAAUGUGGGAAGCAAUUCUCAUGCCUCAGUUCUCUGUAUAAUAAUAGGAGAACUUAUACUGGAGAGUAGCCUUACUGAAUGUGGAAUGUGAUUCUCCUAUAAUAGUUCUCUUCACAAUCAUAAACUAAUUAAUUCUGGUAAGAAACAAUGCUGUUUUGACUGUUGAAAGCUUUUCUCAGACAGCACGACUUCUAAAGUUCACAUGAGAACUCACUCUAGAGAGAAAUCUCAUAGCUGUCUAGAGUGUGGCAAACGAUUCUCACGUCAAAGUGCACUGAGCUGCCACAAGGAUCCACAGUAGAGAGAAGCAGUACAUCUGUUCUGAAUGUGGUAAAGUGUACUCUGUCAUAUUGAAAUAAAGCCUGUCCCAGAAAUGACAAAUGAUCUUUCCAUUGGCUUCUCAAUGAAAACAAUUGAAGAAAAAUCUUCUGAAUGCUUUAAAGGACUCCAGUUGAAAGUAGCUAAUAAGUUUAUAAGAAUAAUGGCGAAAACACUGAAAGUAUAAACAGAUCGUAGAUGUAAGUUCACUUCAGAGCCACAUAUGAAUUCACAGUGGAAUGAGCACACUGGAAUACAGCAGCAAGGAUCUUCUUCAACAACUUAUAGGUGCAAGAAAAAACCUUAUUGUUGUCCUAAAUGUGGUAAAUGCUUUUCAGACAGUGAUGCCCUUCAUAUUCAUAAAUGACUGUCUUACAUGAGGUAAGCCUCUUAGCUGUUCUGAAUGUUGAAGGUGGUCCUCCUGUAUCAGCCGUCAUCAGUAACAUGUAAGAUUUUAUGAAAGACUCAGAAACUGUACUGCCAGGAUGUCAGCCAUACAGGGACUGAUCAUCUCUGCACCAAUGCUGUGACAUAAGAUGGUGAACAAUACAAACAGCAGACAACAGAAUGAGGUAGCAACAGUACUGUGUAGUGAUAACAACUUCAACCACAGAGCACAACUGAAAAAGUUCAACGUAAUAAUGAAAAUAAUGGAGAAAUCAAAUCAAAUCCACAGUGCAGUGCCAACUACCAGGAGGUGCCACUGACAACAGGGGAAUUUUUUUUGUUUUGGAUCUUUGGAGAUGGGGCCUUAUCUGAGUAACAAUGAACUUGUACCGUCUCUGGGAUGAUGUCUGAUGACUGACACCUGGGUUGAGUACAGACAGCCAUUUUUAACCCUGAAAGUGAAGAAGUCAUUUAGUGACGUCAGCUUACAGCCAAUGCUGUCCAAUCAGGUACUGGGGAGAGACAGUCGAGGAGGAAAGGAGACUAAAAAGAGAGCCAUCACAUGACAGACCAAUGUAGAGGGGCUUUAUAAGACCUUUACACUAAUUUAGGUCAUCAUUUAUAAACGGUAAGAGUCUUUACAAACACAUUUAUCAGCUGUUUGUCAAAGGUGAGUUCAAAAGUGGGAAAUUAAGAAGAUAUAAAUAAAAUGAAACAUUUAGGAUUUAAAGAGAAAUGUUUAAGACCUGAGAAAAGGAGUCACUACAGCAUGCUAGGGUUAGCACGGGGGACCACAGUUGUGAAGAAUAUCAAUUAAUAUGCAAAAGGAACAUUAUUUAUAAUAAUAAUAAUGUUUUGAAAACAGCUGACCCAGCUGUUCAUUUGAUAAAUUAACCUAAAAAUAUAACGGCUUUAACUUUGCUACAUGUCAGUAUAUCCUGGGGUGGUGUGUGCAGGAUGCUCUAUACUCCAAAUGUUUUAGUUCAGGUUUGAGUCUGAGUUCAGUACCUUCUUCAUAUCGAUACCCAAGACAACGUUUCUUCACGUUGAAACUAGAAGCUGGAUGCCACAGGAGCUCCAAUAAACUCCAACAGCAGGAUGGACAAUUAGAAAGCUCUGCUUUGAGAUAGUGUCAGCUACACAAAGCUUCGGCUUCAUUUAUCUUAUCUAAAAAGGGUACACUGGCAAUGAAUUGCAAGAAGGUAGACAAAUAUAAAAAGUGGAAACCACAAAAUGAAGAAGUGACAUCGAUGAAAUACGCUCAGUGGCAGAGGUAACUUGGACAAAAUCAGAAAGGACAGCACAGAAAAGGCAGGUACCAAUUGAAAACAAAAGAAGAAAGUUGAUUGGUGGGAAGAACUGUCAGUCACUCCUGAGUGGACUGUUGAGGACAGCUGUGGCAUGCAGACUUCAAAGUUCAUGUGUUUUUGAUUUCAAAUCUGUGACCAUGCACUGAAUAAGUCUGUUAUUUAUUUGUUAGCAUAUACUGAAACUGUAAUAUCAUCACAAAGAUCAGCAUUUUAUUAAUACAUGAAUUACAUUCCAAUAGGUUGUGCACUGCUAAUGAUAACACUGAGGUCCAUGCUGAUCACUUAUAUUUCAUCCCAGCUUAUU